AUGUCUGCCGUCUCUUCGUCAGCCAUUAAUCCCCAGGGCCAAGGGCUCCGCCAAUCUGCUCGGCAGACACGUACCAAUCCCUCUCGAACCUCCAAGACCAUUGGUCGCUCCUCGUUUGGCUUCGGUCGUGGCUUGAUAGCUGAGACUCCCGCAACGACCCCUGUUCCUCAUGGCUUCUACCCUGCGCUUACGCAUUUCACCGACGCGAUCACCGCUCUCCCGCGCGAGUUCCGCAGACACAAUUCGUUGUUGAAGGAGGUUGAUGCGAAGGCGUGGGCUCUCGAGGAGAAUUUGCUACAGCUCCUGCAGAUUUCGUCGCAGUCGCAACCCGUGCCGCACCCAUCGCACCCAGCACCUAUUGUCGGCGGCUUGGUGCGGGAGGAUUACUUGCCCAAGGAACUCUCCCAGUCCCCAGAGUCACCCGAGAGCAAAAACCGUCGUCUCCUCUUCGAUCGCGUACGCCAGAGCCUGGGCGACCUUAUGAUGACGGCUGACGAAAAGAACCACGUGAUUUCCAAUGCAAAUGAGGAACUGGAUCGCCAGAUUGUCCGGCUGGAUACUGUAUUUCCGUACAUUGCGGGCGAGAUCAGCGACGAAGCUCGAUUGGGCAGUCUGACGCAUUGGGCUUACUCGAACAAGAGCGUCGCGAAGGCGGCAACGAACGAGCGACCACGCCGCGAAGCUGUGGGCCAGCGACAGGAUCUCACCCAUGUGCUCCACGAGGCUGAAGCUGCUAGCCGUAGUGAGGCGCGGCGCGAAGCUGUCCGGGCACGGGCCCGACGACCGAAUGCCGACGCGGACUAUGAGGAGGCUCGGGCCCCUCGAAAGACGAAUGCUGGAAAGUCUCGUGGUGAUAAUGCGACAGGUGACAACGCAGCGCCUAAGAGGCGGAAGGUAGAACGCCCUGCGGCAAUGGACGUUGGCGCGCCGAUGGAGCGCUCUGCUAGUGGUGCUGGCGGCCAGCGCGCUGCAAAUAAAGAUGGCGCCGAGAAGAAGCGAUCUCGUGCUCCGAAUCCGAACGCUGUUGCGGCUCGCAAGAAGACCAAUGCCGCUUCGAACGCUGGAUCACCCAUCCUUGCACCCUCGCCUCUUAUCGGCACCUUUAACAAUACGCCACGAGGAGCUGCUAGUCCAGGCCCGAACACAUCGCGCCCCCAAUCCUCUCGGGCCCAGCAGAAUGCUGGGCAGACGAGUAUUUCCCGACAGCGGCCCUCUUCGUCAGCAUCCAAUCGCAUUGGCCAACCAAACUCCUCCAAACCCGCAGACCCCAGAGCUACCCCGCGCGAGCCUGUCAAACACGAAAUUGUCAACGCAGAAGCCCGUGAAUUUGAUGGCGAAUCCGGCAGCCGACCCUCUGCACCAACGGGUGCCAAGCGCGAAGACCUAGACCGACCAGCAGAUGCAACCGAACCCGAGCCGACAAGCAAGGGCCGCAGCUCCAAAACCUCAACCCCGCUUCUCUCUACACUCGCUGAACCAACCCAGUCCCGCUCGCGGCCAACACGAAGCAAUGACUCUGCGCCCAAGCGGACGACCAAGAAAACGCCCGCGCAACGCACACUCCCCUCGGACGAAGAGUCUAUUCAUGAGGGCGACGACGAGGACGAGGACCACGAGCCGCGGUACUGCUACUGUAAUGAGGUUAGCUUUGGUGAGAUGGUGGCGUGUGAUAACGAUGCUUGUCCGCGCGAGUGGUUCCAUCUGUCGUGUGUGGGGAUGACGAAGCCGCCUGGGAAGAAUGUGAAAUGGUACUGUAAUGAGUGCAAAGAGAAUAUGCGGCGCAGUCGCAAUGGACGGUAA